AUGGUCGACCCUUUCCAUAUCACUGCGGAUGAGAUCAACUGCCUCAUAUACUCAUAUUUCAAAGAUUCAGGCUUUGCGCAUAGCGCUUUCGUUCUACGUGCUGAAGGACGACUCGAACACUCCCCUCACUACAGGAAACAUGUCCCGCGAGGCGAGCUCGUUGAGCUCCUCAGCAAGGCGCUUUUAUUUAGCGAAGUUGAGGCCCAUUGGAAGGGGAAUGCCAUGACAAUGUCCUGCACGAAUCAGUUCAGACUUCUGGAGCCCCAUACGUGCUCAUUCGACCCUAAAUUCCCCCCUCCACCUCUGCCUGAUGCCCAACGUCACCAUGUGCAUCCAGAACGCGUACAGCCACUCCAAGCGGAAGACGAGAACGCUGCGCAUGCCGGCGUGCCUCAGGCAGACGGUUCGCUGAAGAGGAAAGCCAGUGGCACCCCCUCGGUAGACGAGCCACCGAAGGAGAAGCGGCCACGAACAAACGGGCAGCUUGAGGAUGAAGUGGAGAUAAGAUCUCCCUCCGUUGUAGAAACUGUUCCAGCUACCCCAGCCUCUGCAGCUGCUGAAGAGGCACCAGCUAGCAACGACAUGAUAAGGACCGCAAGCAACGAGACAGCCGCUUCUGAGCCGAGCGAGCAACAGGACGAUGCUGUUCAGCUGCUCGAAGCACAUAAAGCAGCAGUAUUUGUUUGCGGAUGGAAUCCGGUUCACCAUACAAUCCUGGCAUCUGGCUCGAAAGACAGUAUCGUGCACAUAUGGGACAUUCCCGGUCCAGACAAGGACGGCGUUACAUUCGCGAAGGUACAACCACCGCUAACCUGCGCAUAUACUGCCAAGGGCAGCGAUAGCGAUCUCACUUCCCUUACGUGGUCAAACGACGGUUCUCUCAUUGCUGUGGGCUGCUAUGACUCGGUUCUCCGCAUAUGCGACUCCGAGGGCAAAGCGUACUUCACUCACACUCAACACGAUAAGGGACCCAUAUUCGCCGUUCGAUUCUCCCCAUCAGGGAGAUGGUUCUUGUCUGCGAGCCUCGACGGCUCAGCUUGUAUAUGGGACGUCAAGGAGAAGAAGCUGCACAGGCAAUUCUCCCUUCACAGACAAUGUUGUCUGGACGCCGACUGGAUAUCAGAUCUACAAUUCGUGACAAGUGGAUCCGAUGCUCGCAUAUAUGUCAACGAUUUGGACUCUCAAAAGCCACUUAGGACACUACUUGGUCACCAGAAUGAGAUCAACCAAGUGAAAUGCAAUCCCUCAAAGACAAGACUGGCAUCGUGCUCGGACGACAUGACCGGCCGCAUCUGGAAUAUCGAGAACGUCGACCCGCUACGACACGUACAAGACAGUCAUUCCAUCGUCCUAGAAGGACAUACUGGCCCAGUCAGUCAUAUCGUGUGGUCUCCGAUUACGCCUAGCGGGGAGCAUGAACUAGUGGCAACAUCAUCGUUCGACGGUACUUCGCGAAUAUGGGAUAGUGUCACUGGCGAAUGUCUCUGUUCGUUCGACGACCACAAGAAGAACGUGUACGCGCUGGCGUUCAGUCCAGACGGACGUCAUAUUGCUACCGCAGGCGGCGACGGAUGUCUACAUAUAUAUGACAUACGCGCCAAGGAAAAGCGAUGGUCAUGGAACGCUGGUACGCCGAAUUCGAGCAUCUUCGAGAUCGAGUGGCAGCAGUCCGGCAACCUGAACCGGAUAGCAAUGGCGAUGGAGAAGACCACAGUUGGCGUGGUCGAUUUGACGAAGGUGCCAGAGCUGCAAUGA